CAGACAGUUAGGUUAAAUUGUCAGGGAAACUGAAAGUGAAAGAGAGACGCAGAGAGAAAACACAAGGACACAACCUUGAACUUUACAACACAAGGGCAUAAAGAUGUGUAUGAUCAUGAAUGGAGCCUUUCUACUUUGUCUUCUCUGUUUCUGGACUCAGAGAAGGGUUGAUGCCAUAGAUCCUGGAGUGCUGGCAAGCAUUAUACACGAUAUCAAAAAUGUGGCCAACAUGAAUAAUCAAUAUGCUUUUGCUGUUGAUUUACAACAAGAACAAUGCCGUCAGCAGGGUCUACAUGACUUUGGCGACAAUACCAAUGAUAUUCGUAAUGGGCUUAACGGAAAUACACGAAUGUAUCUGGGGCAACGGGUAAUUACUGCCAGACCUCUAUUUAAAGAAACAUACACUGACCAUGCUGAGUAUCGAUUGCUGGUGACCCAACAAGGACACAGUCCCAUGGCUGAUCUGCUUGAAAGAUGGAGGAAAGAGAAAUCCUGCACUGUUUUCUUCACUCUUUACUCACCAUGUGGAUCAAAAUGCACCCGCCCAGAUCACAAAUACAACAUUUUGCCAUAUCUAAAUGUUUUUAACAAUCUAGAUCACAACUGGGUUGCUUUUGUGUUUCAGGACAUUUUUGAUUAUGAAUUAAAACACAGCACCAGGAAGCAAAUGUUGGCUCUACUGCAAACUAUCCAUGAGAAUGGGGGGUUUAUUCCUGUGUAUCGUUGUCCCACUGGAACGAAAAGAUGUGUUGAUUGCAUGGCUGAUCAAGACCCAAUGACCAAUCAAUGUCUUGAUGGAAUGCCACUGCCUUAGGGGUUUCCAAAAUUUUUUCAUUGGGGCCAGAUGCAGAAAAAAUAAGGUGUCGUGGUCUGUAUGACUCUAAUAAUAAAAAAGGCAAAAUGAUUGGCUAGGCUUUGAUGCUAAGAGCUUAAUGAAUAUGUUAACAUAUGGCAUAAUGUGAAGUAUUGUUGGGGAAAUACUCUGGUAUUCUGUACCUUCUAAAUUGAUAAUCUUAUUAUUUUACCAUUUCAAACUCAGAAUCAUAAUAGAUUUUAAUUGGCCAGGUAAAAUUGUUCUUAUAGUGGGCCUGGGUAGCUCAGCGAAUAUUGAUGCUGACUACCACCCCUGGAGUCGAGAGUUCGAAUCCAGGGCAUGCUGAGUGACUCCAGCCAGGUCUCCUAAGCAACCAAAUUAGCCCGGUUGCUAGGGAGGAUAGAGUCACAUGAGGUAACCUCCUUGUGGUCGCAAAAACGUGGUUCUCUGUGGGGCGCGUGGUGAGUUGUGAGUGGAUGCCACAGAGAAUAGCGUGAAGCCUCCACACACGCUAUGUCUCCGUGGUAACGCGCUCAAGAAGCCACGUGAUAAAAUGCUUGGAUUGACGGUCUCACAUGUGGAGGCAACUGAAAUUCGUCCUCCGCCACCCAGAUUAAGGCGAGUCACUACGCCACCACGAGGACAUAGGGCGAAUUGGGAAUCGCCCAUUCCAAAUUGGGGAGAAAAAAAAUAAAAAUAAUAGUAAUUUUUUUUUCUUAUAAGUAGAAAUAGUGUAUGUAGUAGUCCCUUUAUAUAUACUAAUAUGUAUGCUAAUACACAUGAUGAUAAUAGAUGCAUUAAAAUUGUGAGUGUGAUUGUUCCAUUAUACCUAUAAAGCUUGCCAAAGGCAGAGAAAUAUCAACAAUAAAAGACAGCAUGAAGCAUGUUAAUAA